AAAUCAUCCAGUUCAAGGUAGAAUGAAAGUAGUAAUCAACCAGUAGCUCAUCUUCUCUAACUCUUCAACCAAAUCCAGAUUUGUUGGUACAUUAGGCAUUUGACGGCUUACACUUUAGAGUUUGGCAGGGAGUUAAUUCUUUGUCGCUCAACUCAUCUACCAAAGUGAUCAAUUGAAAUGUUAUCACCAGAUUUACUUAUGGAUAAAAGACUUUCUCAGCUGAAAGAGGCAAAUGAAAUGUUUGAAAAAAGUAAUCCAAGUUCAAUUCCUAAGAUCCAAAUGGUUUCAAAGUUUUUGCAACAAAAUGAAAGAUUUUAUAAGUACUGUUCACCAAAAAUUGUAUCAUUUGGACCCAUCCAUCACAGUAGUAAAAGUUUUAAAGAAGGAGAGCAUUACAAGCUUCGAUGGACAUCAAUAUUUGUUGCAGAAUAUGGCAAGAAAAUAGAUCAAGAUGCUGACCAAGCAUGCAAACUUUUGUUUAAAAAGAUUGAAGAUAAUAUUGAAGAAUUGAAGAGUAUGUUUACUGAGGAUGCAAUUGAAGGUUACAAUGAUAAUGAUCUUGCUUGGAUAUUGUUUGUGGAUGGAUGUUCUUUGAUAUAUUUUAUGGAAAAUCUUGAUGAUCAACGUCCAGAAGCUUUAAAUCUAAAGUUAGACCGACUAAUGUACAUAUGGAAAGAUGCUCUAUUAUUGGAGAAUCAACUUCCAAGUAAAAUGCUUCAGAUUCUAUGCAAAGAGAAGGGUGUUGAUUUGAAUUACUUAUAUUCCAAUUAUUGUAGUAUGGGUGCACAUAAGCGAUUGGGAAUGAGGGCAGCGAUCCUAGUGGAUAAUCCUAAUCAUUUUCAUAUACUUGAUUCUUUUCGAUCAAUCUACUUUUCAUCAAAUACAAUUCAUAACAUUGAAGGACAAGUUCAAAUAGAAACACAAGAAAAUAUCCAUGAACAUGAAUAUGAUCAGAUUUAUUGGCAUACUUACAAGAGUAUACGAGAUCUAAAAACAGUAGGAAUUCGAGUGGUAGCAGCUAAGGGAGAUGAAAUGAUGACAUGGAAUAAUACUACAUUCAAGUCUAUGUGGUUUGGUGGAGAACUAAGACUUCCUACUUUCAUGAACAAUGAUAUCAUAUUUUAUCUGUUUACAAACUCAAUAGCAUAUGAGAUGUGUCCAGAUGUUCACUACGACUAUGAAUGUUGCGCGUUCUUGAGCUUUAUGGAUUCAUUAGUCGACAAUGCUGAUGAUGUUAAAGAACUUAGAUCAGCUGGUAUAUUGCAAAAUUUAGUUGGAAAUGAUGAAGAAUUGGCAAAGUUCUUCAAUGAUUUAGGUGAUUAUUUGCCAACAAAAAUAUGUUGCCAUGUUUGCUACACAAACGCAGUGACGUACUGUAACAAAUAUAAUCAUAUCAAGCGUCAAAUUGAAAAGCAUUACACAAAUAAAUGGAAGACAUGGUUUGCUCAAGCUUACAAUACUCAUUUCAACACACCAUGGGCUAUGGUUGCCUUUAUAGCUGCAUCAUUGGCAUUGAUUCUCACUUUCAUCCAAACAUGGUUUGCGAUACAUCCUAAAUAAAUAGAAAGACUCAUAAUAAAUAUGUGUGUGUUAGAACUAAUUGAGUUUAUUA